AUGAGCGUUUUGAUUUACAAGGACAACAUUGUUGAAAAGAUCGGCGGACAAAGCCAAUUCGACUUUGUCGUCAUCACCUAUUGCGAGAGCAUCCGAGAUGACUACAGUUUGAAUUCCUUUUUUGCCCACUUGGAACUCGAUGGUCUGAUUGGACUGCAAAAGGAGCUGUUGAAUGCCGCAUUCAUGGACACCUCAUCACAAGCAGCGCAAGCAACCAUCGUUGGCCUUGCAGUAAAAUAUCCGCUCCUAUGGCAACAAGUCAUGGAAGAAACUAACUUUGAACAGCUCAAGGCGCACUUUGUCAUGGCAUUGAGAAGCUGCUGGGCCGAAGAGGCGGCAGUUGAAAUGGCCGAAAAGCACUUUGAUGGUUUGCGUCUUCUAUUUCAACAAAGUAUCAACUUUGUUGAUAAAGCAGCCCCCUCUGCCCAAAGGCCGAGGGCCAUUCGAAGCUUCGAUCGCGGAGUUACCAAUCUUGCCGGAAUCCAACGGUUUUGA